AUGUCCGAAGCACAGAUGAUGCUUUCUCUGGCACAGCCAUUGCAGAAACUGGUGGCCGACAAGUUCCGCACCGCCUACAAAGACAAAAGUAUCCUGUUUUCAGAGACCGCAGUAGCUCUAUUGCGAACUCAAAAAGGGGCGCCGUUUCAACUGCGAUAUUGUCCAGCAUUGGCAAAGAAGCCCAAAGCAGAUGGAGCGGAAGAAAAGAAGGAGCCAGCACGACCGAAGUUCGAUCCAUUUGCGGAUCCUCCUGAUGAACUGCUCGUGGCCAAUAUUCCGGCGAACAAAGCAUCCCAUAUCUUGGUCCUGAAUAAGUUUCCUGUCAUUCACAACCACUUCAUCAUUGCCACGAAGGCCAACAAGCCUCAGACUGCUAUCCUGGAAAAGGAAGACCUUGGGAUAACUCACGCUUGUCUCCAUGCAUGGCAGCAUGAUCAGCAUGAUCAGCACGGACAGAACUCUUCGCGUCUUUUUGCUUUCUUCAACUCUGGAGAGCAUAGUGGUGCCAGUCAGCCGCAUCGCCAUCUUCAAUUCCUCCCCGUGGAAGAUAUGGCAAGCCCUGAGGCCCCAGCCUGGGAGCUACUUCUUGACCGUAUGACUGUUCGAGCUCACCCCGAACUGCCUCUCUUCCAGGAUCCGUCGCUACCAUUCCUGCAUUUCUCCACACCACUUGAGGAUGGCUUAUCUUUGACGGACUUGUACUCGAAAUACCUUCUUUUAUUAAAUGCGGCAAUGUCGGCGGUCCGAUUUCCAGACCAACCGCUGCAUCAGAAUUUGGAAGUCGAGGAAGACGGCCGGGCUGUGUUCAGCUACAAUCUAGCCAUGACUACUGGAAUACUGGCUAUUUGCCCAAGAAGUAGGGAGGCGGUAGCAAUGCCGGAAUCGGGCGCAACAAGCUCUGUCGCUCUCAAUGGCACAUUACUUGGGGGCACACUGAUGGUGAAAGACGAAGUGGAAUGGGACGUACUCCGGCAUGAUCAUGCAUUACUCGACGGCAUACUUGCGGGCGUCGGGUACCCGCCAGUAUCGUGGGAACCCAACGGCAACGAAAUCAAAUUAUGA